AUGAAGACUAUGAUAAACCUGCCCCAAAAACUCAUCCAGCUUCUAUCCUUGGAAACUGAAGAAUGCAAAGAACUAUAUCAAAAAGAGCCACAACUUUUUGACCAAUACUUUAAAGUAGCUAAAACAAAUGAACCUGAUACCGAAUCAGAACAGGAAGACAAUCCUAACAUAAACGCUGUCAAGUUCGAAUACUCAGAUAGCAACGAAGAAAUGGAAGCAGAAUCUUCAUAUAUGGCCGCAAACAGAGGCGAGAGAAAGAAGAAAAAGAACUAUGAGUUCAAAAUGCCUGUCCAUAAUGGUAUUCCAAAUAGUGGUAAAGGACCCAAUACGAUCAAUGUCCUCAAUAUUGAUUGUAUCCAGGACUUAAAACUCAGAGAAAGAGUUAUAGAAAAAUGGGUUACUGAGAUCUCACUAAUCUUACAAACAAACCCAGAUGAAUUUGGAAAUGCAAAAAAUGUCCUCCUACUUUUAGAACACAAGACUGAUGGAAUUGUGCAAAAAUUCCUUAGAAAUAAUAAUUGGAAUGAAGAAUUACAUGGAUUAGACCUUUUUGAUAAUCUUAUAAAUGUCAUUUACACUACCUUCUUAGGACUAGAUUAUGUCUCCAAUAAAGACUUCACUAUAAAUAAGAAAGUCGACAUAGCAAGAGUCUCAAUGACAAAACUCCAGUUACAUGAUAUUUGUCUCCUUGACAAAUACACAUGUAGAUAUGAAUCAUAUCUUUAUGAUAUUCCACAGAGAUGUGAAUAUUCACAAUGGAUAUCUGCUUAUCUUAUGAAAAUACCAAUCAUUGGAGAAAUCUGUACUGAAAGAUGGAAGAAAGAAGCCAUUGGAGAAAUUCAGCAAACCAGUCUUUCUUAUGCAACAAAAAUUGCAAAAGAAGAAAUUGACAGAAUAUGUCAAGACAGGUAUAAACAACAAAAGCUUAAAACUAUAAGCAAGGAUUGUUGUAAUAUUCUGUCUGAUUUCAAAGAUUUUGAUAUCGGAAGAAAAACUUAUACUAAGAAAAAGUAUAAAGAUAAAAACAAAAAGAAAUACAAAUCUUUUUGGAAGAAGAAAAAGAGAAGAUUUUCUCCAGGAAAAUACUUCAAAAAAUCUUCGAAAGAAACACCAAAAAAGAAUACUUCCUGCCCACAAGGAAAGAAAAAAUGCAGGUGUUGGAUUUGCAACGAAGAAGGACACUACGCAAAUGAAUGUCCAAAUAGGAAAAAGUACCCUGACAAGGUCAAAGUAUUACAAGCCGCUAAUAACGGAGGCUAUGAAGCUCUUGAAGAAGAAUACGACGGUACACAACAUGUUUUCAUUCUACAUGUUGAUACUAAUUCCUCGUCAUCCUAA